CCAAUGUGAACUAUGAAAUGUAAUGCUCGCGAGUGAGAAUCCGUGUCGAGCUUGACUACAUGACUCUGGUUCUCGCUUGUGUAAUUCUGUGCAUCAAGGCUUCAACAUGUCCUGGGGUGACGAAGGGUCCAGGGGACACGCUUUCUGCGAGGAUAGCGCUCCUGGCAGCUAUAUUGACAACCACGAAACAACGAGUCAGUUUGAAACUUGAUCGAAGACAGGACGGCUUCCUCGCAUAUUGGAAAAAAAAAUCGCUACAGAAGAGGGAAAGUUAUCGAGCAACAGGAAGAGUUUCAAGAUGACCUCAUGACUGAUGCGAGGUGGGACGACGACGACCAAAGAAAAAUCUGCAGCAGUUAACUUCAACAGCCCGGACUUCAUCGUCAUGCAAGAGUGGGUCUCCGACUGCCUGAUUGGUCUUGAGGUCCCAGAUGCGAACCGAGUAGUCCAUU